AUGGCAUCCGCUGGGUACAGGCGUGCCAGCUCCACUCUUGUGGAGGCCAGCAACUAUGACGCCAGCUCGAUGCCGAAUCGAUCCUUGACAACCCCAGCCGACUGGAGGAGAGAAGAGGAUGGCGACACAGAUCCAGAGGAACACUCAGAUAGCGAAUUCAUUGUGACAGGUGAGAUCGCCAACCGAGCAAUCACCCUGCCUAGCUUGACAGCCAAGAAGCUGAUGGAGAUCUUUCCGCAAUACGACGAUGGCUUCCGCCCAGGCUUCGGUUCUCCGUAUCGCCAUGGUCGAAGACCGAGCAAAAGCCGACGGCAGCGGGAAAAGGUUCUCCAGGAUCUGGCAGAGCGGCUCCACCACAACAGCUUCGACUUCGUGGCUGAGCGUGAGGCCGCUGCGGCGGCGGCCGCCAAAGCUGCAGCAGCGCCCGGCGGUUUUCGUGCAGAGGAGACGGUCAUUAUCUUUGACUGGGAUGAUACGCUGUUUCCUACAUGGUUUGUCACAGAGGUGGUCAACCCCUGCCUGGAAGAUCCGCAGUGCGAGCAGCUACCUGCCACCAGCCCAUUCCUUGAGUGCCUCCAGAGCCAAGGGGAAGCAGUCGAGCGAAUCCUGCGUGAAGCGCGAGUCAAUGGUCGUGUAGGGAUCGUUACUCUGGCUCAGCGCCCGUGGGUGCUAAAUUCUGCCGCAAAGUACCUCCCAAAUCUGGACUUGCCAGCCUUGCUGGACGAGCUUCAAAUCCCAGUCAUUUACGCCCGGGAGUGCUUGAAAAAGUACUUGAUUCAGGGCGGAAGCGAAGAUGGCGUAUGCUUGUGGACCCUGGCGAAGCAGGCAGCCAUGACGAAGGUGCUCCGGAGAUUGUACGGCAGGGAGACAGCGUGGAUGAACGUACUCUCAAUCGGAGACUCGACAGUGGAGCGCACCGCCAUCACGGAAGUCAUGUGGUCCUCCCAGUACGAGGCGGCAGCAACAGGUAGUGCAUUCUCCAGUCAGCUUUGCGUAGAAACCUGCGAACAGAAGACAGAGAACCUACUGGCGAUUUUCUUGCUAGGCCACCGAACCAGCAUCAACGUACCUUCGCCCAAUGGCCGUCAUUUCGAGUAA